UAUGUAUCACUAUAUCACAAAGCAAAUAAUAAAAGAGUUUAUACUAAGCACUUAAGUGAAUUGACUUUUUAUUGACGUAAUUUAUUUAAGUUCGCUUAAAAACUCCCAUUUAGAAACCACAACAUAUAAUUCAAGCUCUGAUCUGCAGACAGGCUGAAGAGAGAGUUUUGGUAAAAUGCUAAAUCGACAUAAAAUAAUCAGUUAUUCCAGGAGGCGAACGCCUUGUCAGCAUGCUGUUUUCACGUACAGUUGUGACGGCUGCAGCGCGGGGAAAGCCACUUCCUGAAAAAAUCGAAGAACUUUACUCCGCAGAUCUUCUGUCCCACCUUUGAAACUUCAGCCGAGAUAAUAUUUAACUCCUAAAGCAUGACUUUCGCGUCCCUUUUAAGUUGUCCGUGCGCGUAGCCUUGUGGAAAUCGAUGCCGCUGCGAUUUGGACGGGGUAAUAAUAAUCACAGAAACAAUGGUUUCCUUCGCCAAAGUGCUGCUCGGAGUCUUAGGAGUUGCGGUGGUCGUCAUUUUGAUCGUGGUGCCCACGGUUAUAUUCAUCAAGGAGGACCAGGGGUCCGACCAGAGAACUUUCACCUUGGACGACGUCUUCAACAACUCACUGAAGCCAGCGUCCUACAACAUGAGAUGGAUUUCAGAUUACGAGUAUCUGCAUACCGAACGCGACAACUCUGUCUUCCUCUAUGACGAGGAUGCAAAAAAGUCUGAAGAAUUUCUAAACAGAGACAAGAUUAUAGCACGGGGCGCUUUUGACUACCGACUGUCUGCGGACCGCAGAUAUGUGGCAUUCAUGAGCAACUACAACAAGGUGUGGAGACAUUCGUUCACAGCUUCUUACUUGCUGUAUGAUCGGCAGUCAGACAAAGAUGUUACUCCCGCUGACAUUCCAGAUGUGGUCCAGUACUUUGCAUGGGCCCCUGCGGGGAACAAACUGGCCUAUGUUUGGGACAACAAUGUGUAUCUGAAGACCAGCCCCGAGUCGCCACGUGUCCAAAUCACUUCCAAUGGAGAGCCAAAUAAAAUAUUAAACGGGAUCCCAGACUGGGUGUAUGAGGAGGAGAUGUUCUCCUCCAAUCGGGGCUUCUGGUGGUCACCUGGAGGAAAGUAUUUGGCAUAUGCUGAAUUCAAUGACACUCUGGUGCACAACAUUGAGUACUCCUGGUAUGGCGAGGGCCAGUACCCCACCACUAUUUCCAUUCCAUACCCCAAGCCAGGUACUCCCAACCCUGUCGUGAAACUGUUUGUGGUGGACACCGACAACACAACAAUAUUCACAGAAGUUGUUGUCCCGGCCGUAUUCAGGGAAAUUGAGCACUACUUGGUCUCCGUUACCUGGGUGAGCGAUACCCGUAUAGCUGUUCAGUGGCUAAAGAGGCUACAGAACCAUCUCGUCCUUCAGAUCUACAACUUCAAUGGAUCUACCUGGAAUCCUGAUGAGCUUCUGGAGCUGACAAGUACUGGCUGGAUUGGACGGUUCUCUCCUCCAGAGCCAGUUUUUGCACCUGACGGGAACAGUUACUACCUGAUCAUUAGCGACAAUGAAAAGUACAAGCACCUCCACCGUGUGGUUAGGGGAGUGGCUACACCCAUCACGUCUGGGAAAUGGGAAGUUAUUGACAUACUGAAAGUCACUGAAGAUAGUGUAUAUUAUUUAAGCAACCAAAAGGACAACAAGCCCGGAGGAAGGAAUGUCUACCAGUGGACGAAGGAUAACCCCAGGUGUCUAACUUGCUCGCUGCUUCCAGACUGUGAAUAUAACACAGCUUCCUUCAGCCACAAUGCCUCCUACUACCGUUUCAGCUGUAGUGGUCCCAGAAUUCCUCUAUAUUCUCUAAUGGAUACCAGGAGUAAUAAAGAGAUCAGAAUUUUGGAGGACAACAAAGUAUUUGAAGAUCAAAUAUCUCCAACCCUAAUGCCCACCAUGCGUCGAGAGAGCAUUUCCCUUUAUAAUUACAAUCUUUGGUAUCAGAUGUAUUUACCCCCAAACUUUGAUGAGUCUAAGAAGUACCCUUUGCUAAUAGAUGUGUAUGCAGGUCCCUGCAGUCAGAAAGUAGACCUCAGAUACAGGGUGGGCUGGUCCACCUACCUGGCUAGCACUGAGAAAAUCAUUGUUGCCAGCUUUGACGGAAGAGGAAGCGGUUACCAGGGCGACCAGCUGAUGCAUGAAAUCUACCAACGUCUGGGAACCUAUGAGGUGGAAGAUCAGAUAGCAGCAGCUAAGGAGUUCAUCAAAAUGGGCUUCGUUGACAAAGAUAGGGUUGCUAUCUGGGGAUGGUCCUAUGGUGGAUACGUGUCUUCAAUGGUCUUGGGUUCUGGCAGCGGAGCUUUCAAAUGUGGAAUGGCAGUGGCUCCUGUAUCCAAAUGGGAAUAUUACGACUCCAUCUACACGGAGCGCUACAUGAGGCAGCCAUCGGAGAAUCGUGAAGGCUACGCCAACUCGACGGUAAUGGCCAGGGCCAAGAAUUUCCAUUCAGUCCAGUAUCUUCUGGUUCACGGAACAGCCGACGAUAAUGUCCACUUCCAGCAAGCCGCUGAGAUCUCGGAGGCUUUGGUGGACGAGCAGGUGGACUUUGAGGCCAUGUGGUACACGGACAAGGAUCACGGACUGGAAGGUUCAGCCAAUCGACAUGUCUACACUCAUAUGUCUAAAUUCCUAAAUACAUGCUUCGAAUAAAAUUA